UAUGUUGCGAACCUUGGAUUCAGCAACGAAGAGGCGGACAAACUUACGACCCGAUAUUCGCAACAGUACAGCCUCGCCCUUCGUGGAUUGGUUCGGCACCAAGCCAUCGACCCUUUGGAUUUCGAUCGUAAAGUUGAUGUACCGCUUCCCCUCGAAGACAAGAUGAAAUUCAAUCCAACUCGUGUUUGGGGGUUGACUAACGCCUUUUUGCCACAUGCGAAGCUCGUCCUCCGGAUUCUCAAGCUUGACGACCUUGUGGAGGGGAUUGUCUAUUGCGAUUAUCGAGUGAAAGAUUUCGUCUGUGAACCAGCAGCAGAAUAUUUCGCAAUGGCAAUGGAGCUUGAAGCGGGCCUAUCUGAUCCAUCAAAGUGUUAUUUCGUCGACGAUAACCGUGGUCAUGUCGACGCUGCGCAUAACUUGGAAGGCGAGAAAGGUCACACCGAGAGGGAAAAUGGUGUCGUCAAGAUCGCGAGUCUCGAACAAUUGAGGAGGGUCUGGCCCGAAAUUUUUGUGAAACAUCCUUGA